UCCUCUAUCUAUCUCUAUUCUCUCUCUCUCUCUCUGCAAAGAGUCGCCCGUUAACCCUCAAGCUACCGAAUAGCCCUUUAAAAAGGUGGAAGUAAAAUAAUUACACCAUUCCUUUGUGGAUCGCCAUAAUAUUACAGAAGAAGAAGAGAGAAUUACAGGUCGGUCAGAGUCAAAAGUGCAACAGAGCGCAGACACGAUGUGGUACUUUCCUUCGUUCUCCACAGAGACAUGGACUCUGGUAGUGACACUAUUUGCUCUCUUCAUGUGGUAUGGGUAUGCACCUUAUGGAUUCUUCAAGAAACUCGGCAUCCAGGGACCUAAACCUCUCCCCUUCAUAGGGACGUUUUUAGAGUACAAAAGGGGUCUCUUCAUAUUUGACAAUGCCUGUUACCAGAAGUACGGCGAUGUGUGGGGGUUAUUUGAUGGCAGACUGCCCAUAAUGGGGGUGAUGGACACAGCCAUGAUCAAAACCAUCCUGGUGAAGGAAUGUUACUCUGUUUUUACCAACAGACGGGACUUUGGGUUGAACGGGGAGCUCCACGACGCUGUAACAACCGUAGAAGACGAUGAGUGGAAGAGAAUCCGCAGCACUCUGUCUCCCUCCUUCACCAGUGGACGACUCAAAGAUAUGUUCAUGAUAAUGACUCAACACUCCAGAAACCUGGUGAAGUUUCUGCAGAAGAAGGUGGACACUGACGAGGUCCUGGAAGUUAAAGAAAUCUUUGGGGCCUACAGUAUGGACGUGGUGGCAAGUAGUGCGUUCAGUGUUGACGUUGAUUCUAUCAACCAACCCAACGAUCCCUUAGUCGUCAACGUAAAGAAACUACUCAAAUUCAACCUGUUAAAUCCUCUCCUAAUCUUAGUAGUGUUGUUCCCGUUUAUGCGUCCGCUCCUGGAAAAGUGUAAUGUCUCUUUCCUACCUGCUGGUGCUAUGAAGUUCUUCUAUUCCUUCCUGAGGAAGAUCAAAGCAGAGAGGAGCAAGAAUGUACACAAUACCAGAGUGGACUUAAUGCAGCUGAUGGUGGACUCUCAGAUCCCACAGGACCACAAGUCCAAGGAGGCUGCACACAAAGGGCUGACGGACCAUGAGAUCCUGUCCCAGGCGUUGACAUACAUCUUUGGGGGCUAUGAGACCAGCAGCAGCACACUGGGUUUCCUAUCCUAUAACCUGGCAACAAACCCUGACGUCCAGGCUGCCCUGCAGGAUGAAAUCGACCAGAUCUUCCCCGACAAGGCUCUGCCCACCUAUGAAGGGCUGAUGCAGAUGGAGUAUCUGGACAUGGUCAUCAACGAGACCUUGCGGGUGUAUCCCAUCAUCAGCCGGCUAGAGAGGGUUGCCAAGGCGACCGUGGAGGUGAAUGGUGUGACCAUCCCCAAGGGAACUGUUGUCAUGAUCCCAAUCAUGGUCCUUCACCACCACCCAACACACUGGCCCAAACCUGAAGUCUUCCGACCAGAGAGGUUCAGUAAGGAGAACAGAGAGAACAUUGAUCCCUACACCUUCCUUCCGUUUGGGAUGGGGCCCAGGAACUGUAUCGGCAUGAGAUUCGCCCUCCAGACCAUUAAGCUGGUGAUAGUGGAGAUCCUCCAGAGGUUCAGUUUUGUCACCUGCAAGGAGACAGAAGUUCCUCUGGAGCUGUUUGACAAUGGCUUCGUCGCCCCAACGAAGCCCAUCAAGCUGAAGCUGGUCCCCCGUGUUGUGGCCCACAGCCAGGAUUGAGAGGAGAGGCACAGGUAUACAGGACACUACCCUGUUAGUCUAGCCCAGUCGGUUUCUGCUUCAGUCAAACAUGGUUGGCAUGGCAAUGAGUAAAUUGUCUAAAGGGCAAGGCAACCUUCCUAUUGGAAGGGAUCAUCUUAGGCUCAUUGAUAUUCCAGGCUUAUCCUCUGGAAUUAGUACAAUUCAUUGUUUUUAUAGUGAAGAAACAACCCAACUAGCUAUAUUACUAAAAUAUUGAUGUGUAGGUUUUUUAUAUCAUAUUUGCAGGAAUCCCAAGAAAUUAAGAUGACUCAUCUCAAGGGUCAUGCAAUGAGUAUAAAGUGAAUACAAUAUGGACAAUUGUAGUAACCAUGUGUGCCUUCAUUUGUUUUGUAAAAUAAUUUAUGUUCAGGCAUUGAACAACCACAGAUCACUAACUAACUUACCUGCAAGAGAUUGCUGCAACACAAUAUACAACCAAUAUAUAAUAUAUGACCAUGAAUUAUCUAAUGAUUUUACUGAUGUAAGAUAGUAUCCCUCAUAUAACCCUCUUAUAAAACUCACAUACCGUGUCCAGCAACCCCUCCUGUAUAUUAUGCGUUGCAAUAGAAUGCCUGAGACUGUCACCUCCUCUGUUUAUGCUGUACGGGGUUUUGGAAUGUGUUAUGUAAUGAUUUAAUCUGUAGUGUAAUUCUAACAGUAAUACUGCUGGACUGAAGUAAAUGUUUUCUACCUGUAA